UGCACGGUGAGGAGUCAACAUGCUCCACAUCCUAACAGUCGAGUAAGGUGAGCCUCAAAAUCACCCCGGAGAAACGAGGGCCGUCUGCGACGAAGCCACCCGCCCGCCGUGUCACUAGCUUUCCUCUUGAACCGCCCGGAAACUCUCAUUUUGGGGUCGGUAUUGUUGUUGGGUCGCUGCCUCGAAGACAACAGAAAGUGAACUUUGCUAACUGCUGCAGGAGCCAGCUAGCCAGACGCUCGCCUCUCACUCACUAUUGCCAGUUAUAUCUCAAACAAAAGCGUUUGUUGCAUCUUCGAUGCAUCAUGCCGACUGAUGCGCUGCUGCCGUUCGUGGAGAGCCCACACGGACUCGCCCAGGAGAGUUUGAUAAUGAGUAGUCCUUCAAGCAUCCCAGUCCCUGAAUCCAGCAUGACUGCUCACUUUCUGACCGCCUUUUUGGAGAAGGUAGUCCUGCAGGCCGGCGAAGAUUCGCCCCUGCCCUGCUUGUUCUGUGACAGAACGUUUGUAAGCAAGGAAGAGCUGGGAGCGCACAUGCUAAAUGAGCAUCCAACCCGCCUCACAGAGCCUGCUGUCCUUCAAGUCGAAGCCGAGUUCAGAAUCCCAGAUGAGCGACCCCGCAACAGAUCCUGCAUCCUUCCCAAAGAAAAGGUUGAGGUCCACAGCUGCAUUGUGUGUGGACAUGAGUCCCAGGACCUCCCUGAGCUGGAGGCCCACUUGAGGAAGCACAAGGACUACUUCACAUACUGCUGCAACAUCUGUGGGCGGCGCUUCAGAGAGCCCUGGUUCCUGAAGAACCACAUGAAGAUGCACAUGAAGACCGUAGGAAAAGGCAAAGUUCAGCCAGAGCAGGACUCGCCCGUCAUGAUCAAUGGUGCCGUUCAAGAACAGACAAUCGACCCCGUAGUCACCGCUUACAAGAUGUGCUUGGUUUGUGGUUUCUUCUUCCCAGACCACCAGAGCCUGGCAGCUCACAGCCGGGUGCACAAUCGAGAGUUGGACAGAGUUAGGGACGAAGCGGUCAAGGAAGACGCUAACGGGUCCAAGCAGAUUUUUCUUCAUGGCCUUAGUCUGUACCCCACCUCGCCUCAGACAGGCUCACAGCCUGAGAGAACCUCUAAAUGGAUCCCACAACUAGAUCCUUUCAACACCUACCAAGCAUGGCAGCUGGCCACCAGAGGCAAGAUCGCAGUUGGACCCACCACUGCUAAAGAAAAUCCCCAAGGAGCCAGCACCGAUAACGAAGACACCGGCUCAGACAAGGAGGAACUGAACAACAUCUGGCCAGAGGGUCACGGAGUGAAAAGAUCUCGACACCCAUCUGCUGCCGAGAGCCCGGAACCACGACGCAGGUCUCUGAUGGAAGAGAAGAGUAAAGAAGAAAAGGACAGACCCACCACCUGUGAGGAGUGUCAUCGAACCUUCAAGACCUACCACCAACUGGUGCUCCACUCCAGGGUGCACAGACGUGAGCGAGGCGGAGAAGAGAGUCCCACCUCCUCUGUGGAAGAGAGUUCCGAUCGCCCAAAAGGCAGAUCCAAUAAAUGUAGCUACUGUGGGAAAUCGUUCCGCUCCAGCUGCUACCUGACUGUCCACCUGCGGACACACACAGGUGAAAAGCCUUACAAGUGUGCGUACUGCGACUAUGCUGCAGCACAGAAGACGUCCCUGAAGUAUCACUUGGAACGACGCCACAAGGAUAAACCACCAAUGGAUAUCCCAAGCAGGCCUGUGACUGCAUCACCCUCUUCUGAUUGUGACAAAGCUGAAAGUCCUCUGUCGGAAGAUUCCAAAGUCUGGGCAGCCGAAACCCAGUCGGAGUCCUGUGUCAUUUCAGAGGAGGGAUUCAACCCUGACCCUGUCCGGAUUACAGAGCAGUACGUCCCCAAGACUACCGGCUCCCUGACCGAUGGCGUACCCCUCAAGUGUCCUGUGCCUUCAAACCUAAAGUGGGAGACCGAGGUAGUGAAAGAGGAGCACUCUGAGGUCCCCCUGGACCUCUCUGGAAAAGGGUCUUGCGCUGUGCCCGAAGCCAGAGCCCCGUCGGCUUUCCUGCCCUGCACCAUGUGUCCCUACAAGACCAUGUACCCUGAAGUUCUGAUCAUACACAUGAACUUGAAUCACAAAGAGAAGCCCCUCGGGAAUAAAAGGAACGGAUUUGUUUUGCGGCCGACACGCCUCACAGGCUGCCCCCCGGCGCUCUGCGGUAAAGACGUCAAGCGACUGCCCGCGAUCGACCAUCAUUUCUCUCGUCGGACCAAAUCCCCCACCCAUCUACCUGCAAGGCCUCAAGAUAGACUGACCAUCCCUGUGCCUCCUGUUUCCAGACAGUCCCCGAUUCUUGUGCCGCAGCAUAAGGCUGCACAACGGUUAAGACAGAACGUCGACUCAAGCCAGCCAUCAAGAUUCACCGAGUUGAUGAAGAAAACCAGCGUGUUUGCAUCUGAAAAGGCUCCUCCAGAAAAACCUUCCAUUCCAGGAAGAGCAACCAUCACUGAGCGGGGGUUCCCCACAAGAAGCAGCCCCUUCUGGCCGUCUGACCCCACCAGGCUACAUCUGUUGACUCCCUUCGGCAGCCUUCCCCAACCUGGCUUCAGUGAACCCACCAACAGGGCGAAAUAUUCCCUGACUCCAGGCAGAGAAGCAGAACCCAGCGAAAAGUUGGGCUUCAGGUCCCCGCCCAUGGAGGGGCCCACUCGGUUGAUCGUCUCAGGGAGGAGUAUAAAAUCCAUCCUGCCAGUUCCUGCUCCUCCUGAGGGUCUGGUCCCUGCGAAGAACUCUGUCAUGGGAGGAGGGCUUGACACAAAGUGGGGCAGGCUGAACCCAUUGCACUCAUACCGGACCCCAAACCUGGCGUCCCUCUACCUGGGUUCACCGACACAUACUGGCCACUCUGGAUUUGGAAGUCCCCAAGCAGGGGGUAGAACUCUGCUGUACCAGCAGUUGACCGCUGUGCCGGCCUUCCAGCGGAGAGACCCUCAGUUCUCACCGCGUCUCCAGGGGACGCCGGACAAAACUGCCUGAAGUUACAGCAAAGAGACUAAUGCACUUUGACCAUCCGCCAGAAACAAGCAUUGAGAGUACUCCGCUUCCAGACGGAGCUCUGCUGACACCUGCUGCUUGGAGAUUAAAACUGUUCAAGGGUUCUAUCGUUUCAGGUUUUGGAGUAUUAUUUUUUAUUAUUAAUAUUAUUAUUUUAUUACAAGAGAUGCGCUCGUUACAAUGAAAGCAUCUAAGUUCUCUACCUCUUACUUCGGCUUUGUGUGUUCGCAAAACAGGUGUGACGUUCCUCUAUUGUUCAAAAAAUCUUAUUUUGUUCGGCUAGUUUGUGCGGAGAAGCCGUUGUUAAAAACUGUGAAUCAGAAGUCUCAGGUCGGCCUGCGUCUCAGUCCAGUUCCACUUUUGUAAAAGAAAAAAAAAGGCGGGUUAAGUUAUUUUUGUUUUGGUUCCACAGCAAAUGUUUACACAGAUAUUGUUCCAGAUUUGUACGACACAUUUCAAUAAUAAAGAGAGUGGCAAAGAUGUCUGCUGUAGU